ACACUUUCGUUCAAUGUCGACACAUGCACGUCGUCCGUCGCCGCUCGCCCGAUCGAUACAUAGCGCAUCCUUUUCACCAAAACUCCAUACGGCUUGAACGAAGUGUUGAUCACCAUCGUUAACUAGAUCAGCAGAACCAUGUCCGGAGGUUUGGAUUGUCUCGCCCUCAAGGAGGAGGAUGUGCAGAAGUUUCUUGCUAGCGGAGCUCACAUUGGCUCUGGCAACCUGGAUUACCAGAUGGAGCAGUAUGUCUACAAACGAAAACCAGAUGGGAGUUACAUCAUCAACCUGAGAAAGACCUGGGAGAAGCUUGUGUUGGCUGCACGUAUCAUUGUAGCUAUUGAGAACCCAGCUGAUGUCUGUGUCAUCUCAUCUAGACCAUAUGGUCAGCGUGCUGUGCUCAAGUUUGGUGCCCACACUGGUGCCACCCCCGUCGCUGGCCGUUACACACCCGGUACAUUCACCAAUCAGAUCCAAGCUGCUUUCCGUGAGCCUCGUAUCUUGAUUGUGACUGACCCACGCUCUGAUCAUCAGCCGGUCACUGAAGCAUCCUACGUUAACAUCCCAGUCAUUGCUCUCUGCAACACUGACUCGCCUCUUCGCUAUGUCGAUAUUGCUAUCCCAUGCAACAACAAGAGCAUUCAUUCUAUUGGUCUGAUGUGGUGGAUGUUGUCCCGUGAGGUACUCCGUCUCCGUGGAGCUAUCAGCCGUGAUGUCACCUGGGAGAUCAUGUGCGAUCUCUACUUCUUCAGAGAUCCAGAAGAGGCUGAGAAGGAAGAACAAGAAGCCCGCGACCGUGCUACCGCCGUGAAGGAGGAGCCAGCUCAGCCCUAUGCUGAACAAUGGAGUGCUGAGCCUGUAGCUGUACCACCAACAGGACAAGUUGUGGGAGAAGUAACUGAUUGGGCCGCUGAUUCCGCUAAGGUUCCUGUGGCUCCCGGAGGAAUCGGCACCUAUGGUGGCCCCUCAGAAGACUGGGCCGUUGCUGAUGCAACCCCUGCUGCUCCAGCUGCUGCCGCUGCUGCUGCUGCUGCACCCAGCCAGGAUUACACUGGUACCGAUGACUGGGGUGGUGCUGCUUCUAAUGACUGGGCCAUCAGCUCAUAAGAUUAACAUCACAUCCCUUGCUGUUGGAUGCCCAGUACUGGGUAGAAGAUAAUGUGAUUUCAAAAACCAAUCUGCAUUGUGGCAAAUUGGAAUAGGAUGAAGUAUUUUUUCAUGUAUUGGAUCAAUUCUUUCUACAGCUCACAAAUAUCAAUUUUUGUUAUCAAUAUAUCAUGAAUUACAACUCUGUUGUCACACACACACACACACAAAAACAACAUAAGAAGGGUCACUUAGGAGGCCAUUACCAUUAGCAGCACAUGUAAUUUAUAGUGCUUGCAAUUGUCAUAGGGAAAUCAUAUUAUUGGCAUUGCAUAGACCUUAAAUCACCAAUAUCCAUUUUCCAAGGUUAGUAUACUACCCUUGUAAUAAUUGUGAGCAGAAAAAAAUUACCAGUGAAAAAAAUCUUGAUUAAAAUUUCAUUGUACGAUGUAUUUACCUUAAUCCCUUUUGCCAUAAUGCUAGCUUGAAUAUCUGCACAUCGUUCUCCAGUCAAAUAAAUAAACCCACGAAGAGGUUUCAUAUGAAACUUAAA